AGUACCGCCGUUUGGCCACUACGACAAUCCGGAUGGUCGAGCGGCGCACUUCCUGGCUCUUGGCUCCUCCUCCUCCUGCGGUACAAAAGCUCUACGCAGGAAAGCUAGCCCUCCCUCUUCUGUUGUUAAUCAAGACUCGAGGUUAUUGAUUUAGAAGCAAUUAUUGCUGAAACGAAAAAGAACACCACAUCAUGGACCAACACCUCGAUUUUUGUGCUGACCAUGAUGACUCUGGGGAAUCUGGGGCCUCCGACACAAUUCCAAUGCAGUGCUCUGCACUCAGGAAGAAUCACUUUGUCGUGAUGAAAAACCGUGCAUGUAAGAUCGUUGAAAUGACUACCUCCAAGACUGGCAAGCAUGGACAUGCCAAGGUUCAUCUCAUAGGAAUUGACAUAUUUAAUGGGAAGAAGAUUGAAGAUAUCUGCCCAUCUACCCACAACAUGGAUGUCCCAAAUGUUAUAAGGAAAGAAUUCACGUUGGUAAACAUCGAGGAUGAGUUCCUUUCGUUAAUGGAUGACAAUGGAGAAAUGAGAGACGACCUUAAACUGCCAGCGGGUGACUUGGGCAAAGAAAUCCAGAAGCGGUUUGACCAAGGAGAGACGUUGAUGAUCAGUGUGCUGAACGCUAUGAAGGAGGAAAUGGCAGUCAGCUGUAAAUUGUCUAACGAACAGGAUUGAAACCGCACCCUCCUAUUCUCCAGUAUGGCUUUGACGCCUCAUCAAAGCGACCGGUCUUCACCCCACAUCCCCACCAGUUUCCCCGCUUGUCAACUGAAGUCUGGGAACUGGACUGGGUCAGCUUCUUCUACUUUACCUUGGGGUCAGGGCUGACUGACAUUUCAAUCAAUGAAGUUAUCCACCUGUAGCCAUCACAGCUUAACUUUCCAAUGGCUACUGCUAUUAUUCCAGGAAUUCCAAAUGACAUUCCAGCAAUUUUAACAUUCUUUUUAGUCUAAGGGUGAUAUACUUUUUUUUUUUUCUGUGUGCAUUACUUUUUAAAUCCUUAUUGUCCCUUUUUUUCUGAAUGAAAUGUGGAGCAUUUGAGUUGGUUGUGAGCAUGUAUGUCAAGGCUUGUUUCCAGUUGAGAUGCUGCAUCUUGCUUUCAACUUAAAGUCUCCCUUUUAUAGGAUUGUAUCUCUUCUGGCUAAUUUGACAUCUCAAAGAAGCUCCAGCUCUACUUGGUACACAGCUCAGAGAGCCUAAAAAUAUAACUUCAUUGAUGGCUGGUACAUUCAUUUCUGUCUUUUGACGAUUAAAACCCAUGCAUUCAAAUACA